AUGUGCUUCAAGCAUUGCAUCGGCAGAGAGGACGUCUUCGUGCACGGCCUUCGAUUCAUCACGAACAGCAAGUCGCGGAUGGUGGGCCCGGAUGAGUCGGCAUACGGGCUGGCCAGCACGCUGCUCAUCAACCUCGAGCACGGCCCGUUGGAGACCUUGGUCGACUGGCUGAACCACACGCUCGGCACGCGACAAUCAACGGCCGAUGACGUGCCGCGACCCCGAUACGUCCUCUCCAGAACCAACAACCUUGAG